AUGAUGAGCAGUAGCAAGAGUUUGCUCCUGGCCGCUUUGAUGUCACUGCUGCUACUCCACCUCUGCAGCCAGUCAGAAGCAGCAAGCACCUUUGACUGCUGCCUUGGCUAUACAAAAAACCACCUGCCUUUCAGAAGUAUCAAGAACUUCACAAAGCAGUUUGCCAAUGAAGCUUGUGACAUUGAUGCAAUCAUCUUUCACACAAGAAGAGGAUUCGCUGUGUGUGCAAAUCCAACGGAGCCAUGGGUGAAACAUGCCAUCCAUGUCCUCAGGUAUGAAACAGUCACUAUCUAUUAG